AUGACCGCUCCAGCUCCGACCAACAGCGACGGCAGUCAAGUGCUGAAGUUCACUGCGACUUAUAGCUCUCCCAACAACGGAUCCUUUGUCGCCGCCCAAGAACUACAAGCCCCUGCUACUGAUGCUGUCGAGGACAAGACCAAAUACCUAAGGGAUCUACGCAAAGCAACCCUUGCGAUCCAUGAGCAAGUCAACAAGGAGCUGACCCAACGCAUGGAAGAAGACAAAGUCAAGGAGGCAGGGAAAGCGACCCAGAAGGAAGUUGACGAAGACAAGGAGGAAGAAAACUACGGCGAAGAGGUAAUCGAAGAGGAGGAGUGA